UCAAAGGAAAAGGAAAGAAAUUAAAAUCAAUUUUCGAGCAAUUUAUAUACAACAGAGAUGGCCAAAGCAAGCUACAAACAAGCCAUGCUUCUCAGCUUUGUUCUCUUUUUCCUUCUCUGCAUUAACAUGGCUGAGAGCAGAACUCUUUCCUCUGGAACGGGAAAAAAUUCAGUUCUGAUAUGCAGUAAGAUUUAUGGUGCAAAUAUUGGAGAUACAUGCUUCAGCAUUAUGCAGAAUUUUAGUGUGACCCCUGAGGCUUUUACUACUUUCAAUCCCAAUCUCAAUUGUGACAAAAUGUUCGUUGGUGAAUGGAUAUGCCUUGACGGUUCCUCCUUCUAGAAUAUCAAGCAAGGGAUUAUCAAGCUCAAGAAAUAAAUAUUUAGAUUUCUUAUUUUUGUUGGGAAAAAGAAGGCAUCCCUAAGGCUAAGGCUAAUGUAUGAAUAAAAAAGAAUAAGGUUGCUUUUGUAAUGUUUCUGGUUUUCUUUUCCAGACCCAAAUAUAUAACUAAAUCAUGUUCCAAGUA